AUGUCAGCAUUAAGAGAAUCAUCACCAAAAGCAAUGCUAACAACAUUUAAUCACCAUCAAGAAAUACCACAAGCACCACCAUUACCAAUAACUUUCAAUGAAAAACUUUCAUCUGAAACAUUAAAAUCAACUGAUUUCUCUAAAGAAAUCAAAAAUCAUACAACUUCCAUAACACCAUCAGGUGAAAAAAACAUUAAUAUUACUAAAACUAACUUCGACAAUCUAUUAGGUACUGAUUUAUCACAAUCUAUGUUGAUUCGACCAAGUCAAAUCACUGAACCUCCACCAAUUAUACAAGUAGCAAAAUCUAAAACUUAUUCAAAUCCUAUUACGAAAUCAAAUUUACGUAAUCGACGUCGAACACCCUUAACACCUGAUGUACUUGCAUUAACAAAAGUUCGUCGUCCCGAGCAUAUUAAAUCAAGUAUUGCACAACGAAUUGAAGAAUUAAAACAAUCUUCAUUAAUGAAUAAUCAAAUAUCUGAUGAAAAAUCUUCACUAAAUACUGAUCUUGCAAUAACAUGUGAAUAUAAAAAUACUGAAUUAGAACGUCAUUGGCUUACAGAACAAACACAAUUGAAUUCUCCUAUUCAAUUUAUCAAUACAAAUAAUUCACUACAACUUAACAAUCGUUUAUUUACUAUACGUUCAAUUGAAUUUUUAAAUAAUACAAAUGUACGUUUUUAUGCUCAAGAAAAAUUUUCCGAUGAAAAAUAUUUAAAACAAAUAAGUAUAAUAACUAUUCUCAUUCUAAGUAUAUUACGUUUAAUUGAAAAUACUUUAUCGAAUUUAUCUAUACCGGGUGUAGAAAUUCUCUUAAAUAUUAUCUAUGUUUUUAUUUUUCUUACAAUUGCAAUUAUUCUUUUAACAAAUCAAAAAUAA